AUGCUCUUGUCGAGGGCUCAAACUUCAAGGCAUAGUAAACUCAUUAGCUUAGGGAUAAAAAGUGCGAGAUUCAACCCUCGACCGGAAAUUGCUAGGAUGUCCUCAACUGUAUCCUUCAUUGAUGAUCUUAAGGAUAAAUUGUCAUUUUUAAAAGCUCGAUUCUAUUUCAAACGUGGGGAAAUCAGUGUUUUAAACUCUCCAAAUGAAUUUUAUGAUACUUUAAAGGACAAAAUAUUAAAAGCACAGGACAGAAUAUUUAUUGCAUCUCUUUAUAUUGGUAAAACCCAGGAUGAGCUCAUUGACUGCAUUAGAGAAGCUUUGAAGAAAAACGCGAAGCUCAAGGUACAUGUAUUGGUCGACGGACUCCGAGGUGCACGAGAGUCUCCUUCUAAGUGUUCCGUGACAUUGGUGUCACGACUACUCGAAGAUUACCAAGAUAGAGUAGAUAUACGUCUUUAUCGGACUCCAGCAUGUGUAGGUUGGAAGGGUUCCAUCUUACCAAGAAGGAUAAAUGAAGGGCUUGGACUACAGCAUAUGAAAAUUUACGGGUUUGAUGAUGAAGUUAUUCUCUCAGGUGCCAAUCUCUCGUCCGAUUACUUCACCAACAGGCAAGAUCGAUAUUAUGUAUUUCAUUCGAAGCCAUUCUCUGAUUAUUAUUAUGAUCUGCACCAGUUGAUAAGUGGCCUCAGCUACAAAGUCAGGCUUGCAACGAAUGAACAAAAAUUCAGCAUCUUCUGGCCAAACCAGAACUUAGCAGUUGAACCAGUCCAUGAUAAGGUCAAGUUUAUCAAGAACGCUUCCACCGUGUUGCGUAAGUUUCUGCUUAAAGAGCCACAGCCAAUAAUCAGUGGAACUUCACUCGAGGAAGAAUAUCCGACCGUGGUUUACCCAGUAUCACAGUUCACACCUUUAUUCCAUAAGAGAAGAGAUGAAUCGACAGAAAAGCCCACCAUACUCCGUCUCAUAUCUUCAAUAUCAAAGCCGUCAAUGAACUGGACAUUUACUGCAGGUUAUUUCAAUAUGUUCCCAGACAUCAAGAAAGGCCUUAUCGCAACGCCAUCCCGGAAUGCGAACGUAAUAACGGCAUCCCCCUACGCCAAUGGCUUUUUUGAAUCGAAAGGUGUUUCAGGUAACUUACCAGAUGCUUACCUUCACCUUUCAAAGAAGUUUUUAAAAAAUGUCAAGAGGCAUGGCAAGCAGGCAAAUAUCAUACUUAGAGAAUGGAAGAGAGGUAUUGUUAAUAAGCCUGGUGGCUGGUCUUAUCACGCGAAAGGUCUCUGGAUUGGGGACACCGAUGGCGGCGAUUCUCGACCAAUGCUAACAUGUAUCGGCUCUUCAAACUAUACUAGACGAGCAUACUCGUUGGACCUAGAAUCCAACGCAGUUAUCCUGACCAAAGACCAAGAAUUGAGAGACAAAAUGCAGCAGGAGCUGGAUUGUCUGUUGGAACAUACGAAAGAGGUGACAUUAGAAGACUUUCAAUCGGACCCCCAUCGUAAAGUCAGCACCGGAGUCAAAAUCGCUACAUAUCUCCUUGGAAAAAGGUUAUAG